AUGCCUACUGCCCUGCUGCCAGCCUCCGCGGCAGCCUUUGCACCCCGCGGCAAACCCAAUGUCGUCCUCUCCAAGGUCGAGUCCUGGCUCACCAUGACCCUCAAGAGAGUCAACCGCGUGAAGCGACCGCUCAACAACGUCAUCCAACACACCCGCUGCCUGACUGAGACCCUGUCGUCGCCAAAUGCCAUCUGGACCUUGUGCUCGCUCAUGUUCCCCAAGGCCGCCGAGUCGGAUCUUCACAAGGACGAUAAUCCUAUGGUUGAUGACAUGUUCAACUACCAGAUGAUCCACAUGGAGGCCUACGUGGUGCAUGUCGACAUGGUUUCGCGGAACGAGGUUGCCUUCAAACUGACGCCCGAGACGAUCGAGUCGUUGGUCGACUUCCACAAGGAUAUUUUCUCGCCAGACACCGCCGCUGCCACCUGGGACUGGCCCGACAAGGACGUCCAGCUCAAGAAACUGCAGGAGGAGUUUGUGCAGUCCGUCAACAAGUUCAUCUUUCGCACCAACGUCCAGGCACUGGAAGGGUUGGAAGAGGAUGGCGCCGGCGAGCUGCUGAGCGGCCGCAGUGAGGAAUCCAAGGCUGCCAUCAUGGGACUCUUUGUUCCUUUGCUUCCCCCUCCGCCUCGCGUUGUCGAUGUUGUCCGUCCUGCGCCACUGCUGCCCAGCUCCACGAUUGCCGAAGACUGGUGGGUGCCCUCUAUUGAACACCAGCAGGUGAUGCCGGUCGAUGCUUGGAAGGUGGUUCCAUCUAGCCCAAGCCCGGUGUCUACCUGUGAUUCAACGCCCAACAUGUGGACUCCCAUGACCAUGCACGAGACUCAGUUGCCGUCGCCAGCCCCUUCGUUCAGCAUGCCGUAUACAACAGCGCCUUACGAUACGACACAGUACUACAGCACACCGAACACUAUGGCUGCCGCUCUAGCUGCUUCCUUCCCGCUGCCGAGCAUGCUCGUUCAGCCAUGCAGCACAGCAGCCUCCAUGGGAUAUGGCUUCAAUGAUCGCUACCAAGACUUUGCAGCCUUGUCCUAUGGCACUACCAUGUAG